CAAACAAAAUGAAAAAACCAUGAUGCCUCAUGCCUAACGCAAGACGUAGUUCGCUGAGGCGACUGACGCGUGUUGGCCAACUUGAUAGUGUCGCAGCAGAUUGAUUCUUUCACUCUGUUGGCCUGCAGAGGACUGGGAAGAUCGAUAAUUUCAUCCCGUCUGUCAGGGGAAGGAAGACUUCCUGCGUCACUGAAGAUUGGUCUGCGGAAGAACCUGCGCUUCUGAAGAGGGACCUAUAGGAAUGGAACGCUACAGCCACGUGUUGCAGAAGAAGCGCUUCUGAAGAAGGACCUACGUGUUGCAGAGGAAGUUGCCGCGUGUUUGCUUCUCCAGACGGACCACAACAGAGCACAUCAGAUUUAUACCACGAUAACAAAAUACCAGAACAGAGGCAGAGCACUUCAAAAUGGAGCGCUAUCACGUGUUGCAUUUGGUUGGGGAGGGCUGCUUCGGCAAAGUUUUCAAGGGCAGGCGGAAGUACUCUGGCAAGAUCGUCGGGUUGAAAUUCAUCUCAAAAUUAUGAUAGAGGUCUUUGACACAGUCAAUGAUUUUGAUGUAGUUCUUUGUGUUUGUUAGGCUUGUCUUGAUGGCUCUAACAAUGAUCAUGAUGUUGUUCUUUGUGCUUCUUGAUGACACUAACAUGAAAAACAAUUCAAAUGUGAAUAAAAGAAAAAGAUGAUGUCCUUGUUAGUCUUAAUGACACUAAUCUCAAUUAGAUGGAGGUCUUUGAUACAGUCGGAGCGUGUUGCACUUCAUUACAUGACACUACUAACAUAAUUACAGUUAGUUUUUUGACCACAGAGCGACCCCCGUCUUCGGAAAAGGUACUUAGAUUUAAGUGGCUGACUUGAUCUUGUAUCGAAUUGAAGAGACUACCAGGAGCAGGAACCAGGAGAUUGUAUCGAAAUAUAGAAGAGAUCACACCCUCCGAAGCAGCAAAAACGGAAACGAACUCUAAGAAAACGAGGAAAAAGCGAUAAGGACUUGCGAAACCUGCGGUCCGAAAUCAGCAUUCUAAAGCGCCUAGAACAUCCGAAUAUCAUAUGUCUUUUUGUUAUGAGGAAGGUUCGUCUACAGAGUUGAUGUUUAUUAAGCAUUCCUUAGAGUUAUUCAAGCAAAUAAGCUUAGAGUUAUUCAGGCAUUCCUUAGAGUUAUUCAAGCAAAGCUGAGAGCUUUUCAAGCAUUCCGAUCUGCAUUCUUUCGUAUUGACACCUCUCCUGUAGAAGUCUCUGCAGUCUGGAGGAUAGUUUUGAAACGUCGACAACAGAUCGCCCAACAGAACUGCUUGAUUCUCCUUUGGUCAUGUCCUCCUUAUCGUCCUCUCCUCUUCCUCCUCCUCCUCCUCCUCCUCUUCCUACUGAUCUUCCUCUCCUCCUCCUCUUCCUCCUUCUCCUUAUCUUCCUCGUCCUCCUUCAUUACCAACAGUUUCGAGACGUCUACCGAUUUUUGUCUGGUCACGGAGUUCGCUCAUGGGGAGCUUUUUGACGUCUUUCAGGAUGACAAAAACCUGCCGGAAGCUGAGGUACAAGGUAUAGCAGUCCAACUUGUUCAGGCACUGCACUACUUGCAUGCGCACCGCAUCAUACACCGGGACAUGAAGCCACAGAACGUGCUAGUGGGGCCGAACGAGAAAAUCAAGUUUAUGAAACUAUGUGGUGAACCUUCUUGCACUGUUUAUAAGAUGGGUAGUUGAAUGAAAGACUUGUAACUUAGGUAACAAGGUUACUUAGAUGAAUGGUACAUGUGAAUCUGAAUGUAUUCCUUUUUCCUGCAGGUACACAACCUUAACAACAACAUCAACAUCUAGUAGACUUCUAAGACUCAUUAUUCCUUUUUCCUGCUAGUACACAACCUUAACAACAACAUCAACAUCUAGUAGACUUCUAAGCCUCAUUAUUCCUUUUUCCUGCUAGUACACAACCUUAAUAACAACAUCUAGUAAACGUCUAAGACCCUAUGCGACUUCGGUUUCGCACGGGCUAUGAGUUGCAACACGGUAGUGCUCACCAGCAUCAAGGGUACGCCGCUGUACAUGGCACCAGAAUUGGUCCAGGAGCUGCCAUACAACCACACGGCCGAUCUAUGGAGCGUUGGAGUCAUUCUCUUUGAACUCUACGUGGGUACCCCGCCGUUCUAUGCCAACAGUCUGUAUUUUAUGGCCAGGUUUUCAAAUUUCGUGAAUCAAUCAUGUGGAUAUCUUGCGGAAGACCUCCGCUUUCUCCUGAGAGGUGGAGUAAUCAAUCAUGUGGAUAUCUUGCGGAAGACCUCCGCUUUCUCCUGAGAGGUGGAGUGAUCCCCUUGAGUUUCAGACGCUGGUACGUAAGGGAAUUUCAUCUUCAAGAAGUACCGACGGGUAUCACUAUCACCUCGUCGAUCCGUUCAUCUGAAGUACUGCGGGCUUAUCAUAUUAAUAUUGUGCUGAAAACGUGCUUCCCGUAUCUUCACUUCUAUUCUAAGCAGUCCUUGAUCCAUCUGAUCGUCAAGGAUUCUGUCCAGUAUCCAGCAACGAUGGGCGCGACAUUUCGUGACUUUUUGCAAGGACUGCUGAAAAAAGAUCCACAGCAGCGUCUAGCGUGGCCAGGCUUGCUGAAACACUCCUUUGUCGCGGAUCAUCUUGUUAAGGUUGCAGGUCUUGUGCUUUCUUCGGUAGUACGUACAAGAGACAGAAGAGCUCUUUGGAGGUUGCAGAGAAUCUACAACUACAGUCACUAUAGAUAGCGACAAAGUUCAACAAUGGUAGAAAUCAAAUGAUGCUUAUGAUGUUUGCAGUGGGGACUUAACUUUAAACCACCGUAUAGUGCCUAGCACCUGCACCUCCAAGCAUCGAAGUAGUGCACCUCCACGGCCCUUCUAAUCGUAACAACUCUCUACUCUCCCUCUCCUCCGGUGUAGAGCGGGACACGGACAGUGUUAGGGAUGGAAGUGCUGAGGCGGGGAACGCCGGAAGCCAUGGCAAUGGCGCAAGUUUGAUACCACAGCAGCAGAGCCAGCAACAAAGCGAACUCUUGGCUAGUGCGGUUCAUGGAAAAUAUAGUUAAGAUGUAGGAGGUUACUAUUGAAAUACACUGGCUCUGUCUCUGUCAUGUCUACUACAGAGGAAUGUGCUAGCUACAAGAAGGUCGAGCUCUAAUUCAGCAAACUAUGGACGUGUUUUUCGCCUUCAGUGAAGUCUGGUGGUAGAGCCACCAGUACAGGCAGUAAUGGCAUGAUCGGAGCCGACCAGAAUAAGGGGAGCGGUCGUGGCAGCAUCGGAUGGUCCUCUCUGUUGGGGGACGAGAAGUACUUAAAGAUGUUGAUCCUAUUGCUACAGCGCUACAGUGAUUAAGGUCAGCUUUUAUCCAUCUUUCUGAGCAUCUCGCUACCGUUUUGCUUCCCUUGUAUUCUUGUCACGAGAAAAGAAGGGCUCGAAGUGAGGGGGUCGAGAUGAAUAAAGGCAGACUCUAAAGUGAGGCGAAUUUGACAUCCGACACUUGCACACAUGUCUACGGUGUGACAGGCAACAACGUGUUGAUUGACGUGCGACUUGCAGCCAGCGGUCUAGGACCGGCUCCUCAGGAACAGCAGAAUACCAAUGUUAUGAGUAGACACGAGAAUCGAAGUCAUCUACCUUGUGAGGAAAAAGGGCACCUGUUGACAUCAUCGUCAAAGGAAUAAAAAACACUUCCUUGCUGAAUGCACUUACAAAAAAGCUUCUGCAGAUGACGAUGACAUCUAUCUUCUAAUAAUCGAGGUAACCUCUCCGAUAGUGGUGCUAGCACUCUCCUGCCAUCUGCCUUCGCGAUUUUAGGCUCCGUCAGGGAACUCUUCCACGAAGCCAAAGAGCAAUUCGGACCUAACAUUGUCAUGAAAACCACUACUUCUUCUUCAAGCACGACAUCAACGAAAAAUAAUAAUCCUGCCGAACAACAACAACAACAACAGCAGCAGCGUGUACCACUUACGCCAGCUUUAUCGCAAUUUUUGCACGAGUUGGCGCCCAAAGCGGUUUUAUCCUUGUUGCGAACUCUCCUGCACCAAAGACUGUCGCCUUUUUUGGUCACCGAAGCACUACAUACUUUCGAAGCGUGGUUGCCAGGCAAAGUGGCGUGUAAUUCGAAUUCUUCUUUGAGUUGCAACAACGGGGGAGGUGGAGCUGGAGGGAUAAUCUCAUCAUCUUCGCGAUCUUCGUCUUGGGCAGGUAUUAUUUUUCCGCCAUCCUCGGGAGCUAAGUCAGGCGCGAAUGGUACAACCGCUGCCUCACCAGACCCAAGACAACAAGGAAAGGAUCAGACAGCGAUAGAGAAUGCAGAUCUUCAAAAUGUCACCGCCAUAGUGAAUUAAGACGAGGUCGUCGGUCUUGAAGCAUUUCAUUUUCAUAUUUGGACGCUCUAUUUGUAUUUGACACAUUACAUUCAAGGUGGAGAGAUAGAAACGUGUCAAAUUAAAAUUUUUUUAUUAGUAUGGUUGGCAGGCGAACUAAGUGACAUGAAAAAUCAAAAUUGCUGCAAGCAACACCUCUAAGUGACAGAGUUCCUUUCCCUGGUGCCAGUUCCGUUGUUGGAGGAGGACGCGAGAGAUGGCGAGGCUUCCGAGGGCAAACGCGAAGCGGUGUACAGGUGUUUAGGUACUGUGUACGGUUUGAUGUCCAGCAAUCGCAGUUGGCAUUUGUGGGGAUCUCGUGAGCAUAGUUCUGAGUUCGCUGCUCAUCUUCGCCGAGUAUUACCGCAUCUAUGGGAUGAACUCAGAACGAGCGCUGCAUCCAGAGGGUCUAGUAUUAAGGCUCACAUUUUAUAUUUCACUUUCAUCACAACUACCGGUUUUUUCAAUUCUACCUGGGCUUGUAUUGUUGCGGAUGAAAUGAACUGCUCAGGAAAUUGAAUGGUUCCGGUAUUUUUGGUAUAGCCUGAAUUUGAUCAUAAGGGAAAACAAGAAGAGAACUCUUAGGAUCAAACUCAGGUUACCAAAUACCAGAACCAUACAGAAAUGAAUCAUUACGAGCUCUAUGUUGCGUUCCGAACUCAGAAAAUGAAUCAACAUUACGAGCUCUAAUACUAGUGCGCUGUUGCUAAGAGCACUAGCGCGUUUGGUGCAUCCGGAAAUGACCGAUUUUAGUGGUCGGCCCCUACCAUGGCCAAAAGAUUCGGCACCUGGUGCAUCUAGUGGAGGACAACAACCUGAGCCACCGUCAGCGACCCCACGCGCGGUUCUACAAGCUUUGCGGCAGACCUUCGCUGCAGCCGACACCAGACAGCUAUUUCGCCUUUUGCUGGCAGAAGGAUUGCACAAUGUAAGUGCAGAAGUUCUACUUAGUGGAGGAAAUGGUGGUUCGAGUACUAGCACGUCUGGUACUGGUGACUCGGUCUCAGAUCCUAGUGUAGCAGGAGCAGAAUCAGCGUCGACAUCACAGCAACUACAAUCUGCAACUUUUGCCUUGCAGAUUUUGCUGGCGCUCGUUACUUCAGAUAACGCGAAUAAGCGUGCUUUUCGUCAACAUCAGAGCGCCUUCCGGAAGUCACCGCAACACGCGUACAAGUUACUUGCUGUUGCCUUUCAACAGAACAACACCAUCAACACAUCAGCAUCAUCUGCGGAAAGCAGGACAACAGCAACUCCUUCUGUUCCUGUCUUAGUCUAUGCAAGUUUGUUAUUGCGCCUUCUUGGAGAAACGUUGCCUGGGUCUUGGAGUGGGUACUACUUGGCGACCAAAGACAUCGACGCACAAACUUUGUCCGCAGAUUUAGAGCAAGAGCAAACAGCCAGACAUGAGGCCUGGGAUAGAAUGCAGGAAAUGUUUGCACUAUUACAUCCCCGCCCAGGUGCGCCUGCGAAGCAGUUGCUAGACACUGUGCGAGCGGUUAACACGAAUUCUUUUAUGGGAAUGAAAGGAAUAUUCUUGGACGAUGGAUUGUUCUAACAAUGUUUGACGAUGUGAAAGUGCGAAAAGCGACAAAGACCUUUGGCACUCAAAAGAGUUGAAAUAGAAAUACACGAGUUCUUACUUUUACUAGGCCCUGAAAGCGUUACUCCUUUUCUUUGCCUUCUAAUCCAACUUCCUCCUCUCCCUCAUCGCCGACCCCUGACAAGGACCACGCACUGCCUGGCGCUUUCCUUGUAUCACGCAUAUUGCUGUACAUUUGCCGCCUAGCCCACGUCCACCUUGCCGCAGCGGGUGACCUGUUGAUCUCUGACAGUCUGUCCCACUCUCAAGGUUCAACCGCCUCCUCAGCUGCUAGCACCUCUGCAGCCAGCGAGAAGAUGCGCGCAGCACUCUCCGAAAUAGUGGAUCCUUGGCUUGAAGCCUUGACCGCGUUCUUCGUCAGUCAAAUGUUAUGAGACUACACAUUGUGAUUGAAGCCUUGACCGCGUUCUUCGUCAGUCAAAUUUUAUGAGACUACUUAGAUACACAUUCUUGAUUGUUGUACACAUGUUCUAGACAGUCUUGUACCAUUUUCGGUUUUUCAAAUAACGAGAGGCUUGAAGUAGUGUGUAUCAUGAUAUAAGUCAAUAAAUGAACGACCGGAUUAAAGAUGUCAACUACAUAGCAUGGAUGCAGAUGAUCACGAUCACGGUCGUCUCUAAUUCCAACCGCACUCGGAGCAACAACACCCGGAAUCAUGUCAAAGACCAACUUUUGUGAUCCCCAACUUGGUUAUGCAGCAAGUGAGGGUCUCUUGCGUGGAUUUGGCGAGACGGGAGUGCUUGAUGCAGUCGCUCAGUGUCUCAGUCUGCGCAUCGCUUUAUGCGGCAAAGAAGAAUGGAUUUUUCGCAAUUUUGUGUCCAGGGUCUUACUUUCGACACCCUUAGACACCAUUUUCAGCAUGCUAGGGACGUGGGGACUUACAGCUGCGGUCGAGCUCAUGUUCGCUUUUCGCAGUCAACUAGAGGAAAUUUUGAUGAAUAGCACCCCUGCACCUCCCGGCGACAAUACCGGUCCAAUUACAUCAAAGGAAAGCUUAAACCAGAACAAAUUUCGCUUUCUUCUGCGAGCACUAGAAAGCGUUACGACGUGUUUCGGCUUCGACGCGUCUGCUCUGGUGGUGCAGGAUCAGAACAAAGCCCAAAACAAAAUGGGAACCCAAGCAAAACACAAUGCGACGGGUGGAAGUACAAAUGGCUGCAUGCAUCCGUCCUCUUAAGGCUUGUUUGGGACGAAAAAUAGGCUUGUUUUUUUUGCUGACUGUAGCUAGUGUAAUGGCAUUCAUUUUGACGGUGCUGUCUUCUUACGUCUUAAGCUAGAGUGAAUCCAACCAUUACUAGAUUUCGAGAAAAGCACUUUGGGGAAAGAAGCAGUUCCUUAUAACUAAAUGUCUCUAAUGCUCAGCACUCUGCUUAGUGCCGCCAAGCACGUAUUUCGCGAGUCAUCGUGUCCUCUAUGACCUGCUGAAUCGAGCACUCUGUCAAGCAAGCAGUACUAAGGCCGUUCAAAGUAUACAAGAUCCAGCCUGUUUUAAAAUAGCUUCAGCGCUUACCUUCGUCCAGUCAGCUCCAAGAUUCGACGUGGCGCAAGUGGAUGGUAUAAGAACAUUUUCUUGUUUCUGUUUCACGUUUACCUGAAGAUGCUUGAAGUUGAGGAUCGAUAGCAAAAGAACAAUUUUUACUUUAAGAAGUAUGCCGUUUUACUGCAUGCUUGGAUAGAUACAACUUCUGGGAUACAAUUUGGCCACUUCAUCCGGGAACAAAUCCAACUCGAACGUCAUGAAAUGCAACAUCAGCAGGUAGCAACAUGUGGGUGCAGCAGUUAGUCCCUGGUGCCUUCUCAAUGGCGACGCAACUGCUUUCUACGCUCGUCCUCCACCAUCCGGCUCUGGCGAAGGACUUCGUGCAGCUAAACGGUCUUACAAAACUCUGCGUAGAACCUCACAGAUGUCUCUCGAAGUUUUUCGUGGCCGACUACCCGCACGUAGUCGUCGACCUGCUACUGAUCCUGAGUCAGCUCAGCAGUUAUGAAUCUGAGAUUGUGUAAGUGGAGUGAGGAAUUGGAACUAUGUGAUAUGUAUUUAUUGGAAGAAACUUCAGCAUCGAGUAGUGUAUGCAGCAAAGCAAGAGCAACAUGGUGGAAUGCAAAUGUACUACUCGUCGUCUUCUAAAGCGAUAAACUGUAAAGUACACACCUCAACCGCUCGUCCACAGCCAACGGAUCCUUCUUCUAAUCGCAAUUGUCAAAGGAGUUUUACCCAGUGCUGCACCGUUUGAACAUCUAUGCCGAAAUAUGCGCGUUCUUAGGCUGUUCGGAUCCGAAUAUAAGAGCCAAAGCGAGCAAUUUGGUGGGCAAUAUGAGCCGGCACAGCGAUUUUUUCUAUGCACAUCUGAGCAAUACAGGUGUCUUGGCGAAAUUGGUAUUUUUUUCAUCCGUUUGAUUGGUUGCUUUUGCUACUACGCAAGUAUGUCCAAGAUUGAGUUAUUGUGGGCUAUUCUAUCUUUCUUGUGUCCUCUAUCUUGUCCCACUUUGUAGUAUCAGCAUACAGCUCAAGAAUACUUCAACAACAAAGCUGCACGUGGAUUCCACUUUCCUACAAGCUUCAAUCGUUUAGUACGCUCACGACGCGGAAGUUCAGAAUUCAUACGAUACCACGACUAGGUCCCUCUCUGCCGCGACCCUGAUCCUGGGUGUAGGAAAUUUGCGUCUUUUGCUGUAGGCAACAGUGCCUUCCACUCGAAUGCGCUAUAUCAGGAGUUGUUGCCUAGUGUAGUCCUCUUGCGCGAUCUACUGCGAGUCACUGAGACGCGAAGUGGAAGGAAAGAUUAUGGAGGAACAGUGAAUUAAGUACGAAGAAUAGAAUUGUAAGACAGAAAAGCGGUCGUGAAAGUGAUGGUGUAUCUUUUGCACGAUUGGGCUGUCUUCAACAAGAUGGUUCUUGUACUUAGCAGCAUUACCUUCGACUCUUCUCGUUCUCCACAUCGACCCUCUCUGUCCUUCUACCCUCUCUCUCCUUCGACCCUCUCUCUCCUUCUUCUAAUCGUCACACGUCGAAGACGAAAAGACACGCGCAAACGCUGCUGGCGCGUUGGGGAACCUGGUACGGAAUAGUAGUGAACUCUGCAGCGAAAUCGUGGAGAAGCAGGUCUUAGAGGCUCUGCUACAAGUGAUAAGCAUCUCUCCUGCAGGCACAGGAGCAGACACUUCAGCAGGAGGACCAGCAAAGGCAGACUCGUCAGUGAAGAUAGCACUCUUUAUGGCAGAAUGUCUUGCAUUUGAUUUGUCUAAUUCGUCUGUAUUAAUCUAGUAGAUCAUAUUACAGCUCUAGCAGGUACUAACUAUAUCCACCUAUAAUGUUCUACAGUUAUGUUAAGUCUAGAGAAUCUAUACUGGUGUUCCACAGGCACAGUUAAUAGAGAAUCUAUACUCCUCUACAGUUAUAAAGAAUCCCAUGGCAACUCUAACUUCCUCUCCUUGGGUAACUUAGCAGUGCAUCCAGUCUGUCGGCAAAGACUGAAGCAACUGCAAGCGGAGAACUAUGCGAAAGAAUUGGUCUCCUCUGAACCUCAAGACAGUGACAACCUGCUUCAACGAUAUGCGCAGCGCUUGCUGCAGAAGUUGAGCUCGUAAAGAUGGGCUACCAAACAAGCGUGGUUAGUAGCAACAAGUAGGCGCGCCUUCAUGAAGGGAUGUCUUUUUUCACAGUUCGUACUACAGAAAAAGAUAUCAGACCUGAUUUUUCGUGUCAUUUUUCACUUGAUACCGAUUCCGUUUCGCACAGAAUACAGCUCUCAUUUGGUUCAUUUGUAGAUUUUUUUGGAGGGGGAAAGUAAGACCCAGCCAUGUCUCAUUUGUCGACCAAAGCACAAAAUGUAACCGCGUGUGCCAGUUUUUUCGUAAUAGAAUUUCUCAUGGGGGAAGCGCUGUCGAAGUCAAAGUAAGGUUCUGCGUCACAAACACAGGGAGAACGCGCCCAUAUUUGCUCAAAUUCUGCCAUAAUGAAUCAUGAAUACAAGACACAAACGCAGCACAGCGGUCAAUGCACCGCUGCUGUUGGACUUUCCAACAACAAUUUUUCUUUCGAAUUUCAAGUGAACUGAAGAAAGCAAUGCCAAAGUUACUGCGGCACUGAGUAAUCGUGUAGACACGUAGUGCCUCCAGAAUCCGUUUACAGUCCGCAGGUUCCGAUUUCCACGAAUACAGAGGGGGCCACCACAGUUGCAACUACGCGUGAAAGAAUGGAGUGAUCAUGUGAGAGAGGUAACUAUCUAAUUUGUAAUUAUCAAGAAGCAACAGCAAGCCAUAGGAUGUGGGCGGUCUAUGUGGC